CUACUCGGAAAGAGUUACUAAAUGAAGACCGUACUUUUCAAGAUGUGUUAAAAGUGGCCAUAGCUCAUGAAGUUGCUUGUAAGGAGACUUUAGCAUUUCAAAACAAUACGAAACCAGUGAACGAAUCUGUGCAUACUGUGGGUAGAAAUCAAAUUCCUGAUAAGUUUUCAAAUAGCAGGAAUACAUCAAAUUCCAAUAACCUAAGACCACCAUUGCCUAUACUGCCCAGAAAUUUUCAUAUGCCUGUUAUUCCUGUGGAGGUACUGAACAUUCUCGGGCCAAGUGUAGAUUUAGAAAUGUUGUAUGCAGCCGAUGUAAGCGGACUGGUCACAUUGCUUGUGUUUGCAAGAGAGGUAACAUGCAAAAUAACUUUGUCGGACAGAAACUGAGUUCAGAUGAUGUGUUUCUUGAGGAAGAAUUAUUUACGGUUUUUGAUGUUAACUCCCUAUACAAAUCAGAACUUUCCGUACCCUUGAAAAUUGAGAAUCAAGAGUGUUCCUUGUGCAUUGUCCUUGGCCCCCAAACCUUCUUCUGCUGUUAGUGCUUCCCCUAUUGUUACGGUGGGCAAAAAGGACGGUGAUGAAGUUCGAGUUUGUGGUGAUUUCAGUGUUACUUAUAAUGCAUGUGCUGAAGUUGAGACUUAUCCAAUGCCUAAAAUAGAAGAUAUGCAUUCUGCAUUGAGGGGCUGUCAAGUAUUCAGUGUAUUAGACCUGAAGCAAGCUUAUCAUCAAAUUCCCAUUUCAACUGAGUCUCAGAAGUAUCUUACCAUCAACACCCAUCUGGGUCUCUUUGCUUUUAAAAGAUUGCCUAACGGGAUUCAUUCAGGUCCUGCUAUAUUUCAGAGAAUUAUGGAUGGAUUAUUAGCAGAUAUUCCGAAAGCUGUUAGCAGAUUGGAUGACAUUCUUAUUGCUGGAACUGAUUAUGAAGAUCAUCUGAAUACUUUGUCCCAAGUGCUAGGAAGAUUGCUUAAGUUUGGUUUCAAGUUAAACAAAUCUAAGUGCAAAUUUCUCCAGUCUUCUGUGGUGUACCUAGGUCAUCUAAUAGAUAGUGCUGGCCUCCAUCCAACUGAAGACAAACUGGCAGCUGUGCGUGAUGCCCCUCCCCCCCCCCCCUCCAAAGGAUGCUACGGCUCUUAAGUCUUUCCUAGGACUUAUUAUGUUUUACUCACGAUUUAUGCCACACCAUUCCACUGUAUUAGCACCGCUGAAUAAUCUGCUUAAGAAGAAUGUACCUUGGAAGUGGACUAAAUCAGAAGACGCAGCUUUCAAAGCAGCUAAAAAUCUUUUACUAAAUUCGAGAACACUAGUACAUUAUAAUGAAUCAUUGCCUCUUGUUCUAUCAUGUGAUGCUUCUUCUUAUGGUGCAGGAGCGGUAUUGUCACAUGUCAUUAAUGGGAAACACCAACCGAUAGCAUUUGCAUCAUGUACAUUAACUGAGGCCCAACGAAAUUAUUCACAGCUUGAGAAGGAAGCUUUCAGUAUAAUAUUUGGACUUAAACGAUUUCAUCAAUAUCUCUGUGCUAAUUCAUUUACUAUCCUAACUGAUCAUCGCCCACUCCUUACAUUGUUGGGACCACAUUGUUCUGUUCCAGCCCACACGGCUUCACGAUUACAAAGAUGGGCACUUAUCCUAGCCUUAUACCAUUACAAGAUUGAGUACCGAAGUACAACUGCACAUGCUGACGCUGACAGCAUGUCCCGUCUACCUUUACCACAAACUUGGUGCCCUAAAAGUGAAAAUGUAGAAUGUUAUUUCUUUGAAGCUGGUGUUGUUACUAAUGUAACUGCUGAAAUGAUUAAGAAAAAGGCACAAGUGGAUCCUGUUCUUUCUUUAGUAUAUAGAUACAUACAAAGUGGUUGGCCCUCUGUAGUUGAUGCUGAUAUGAUUCCGUACAAAAACAGAAGUGAUCAACUAACUAUUCAUCAAGGACGCAUCCUUUGGGGAGCUCGGGUUGUUGUUCCUCCAUCUCUUCGAAGUGAAAUGCUAACCGAAUUACAUGACACCCAUCCGGGCAUGACAAGAAUGAAAGGGCUUGCGAGGUCUUAUGUCUGGUGGCCAAAGAUUGAUUCCGACAUUGAACAGACUGUGUCCACUUGCCCUGUUUGCCAGAAAAUGCGAUCAGAGCCAGCAAAAGCGCCAGUACAUCCCUGGAUUUUUCCAUCACAGCCUUGGUCUCGCAUUCAUAUCGACUUUGCUGGGCGUAUUGCUGGGAAAAUGUAUCUGGUGGUAAUUGACGCUUACAGUAAGUUUCCGGAAGUUGUUAAAAUGACUACUACAACAGCUACGACUGCUAUAAAUGCACUGCGAGAUAUCUUUAGCCGCCAUGGUCUUCCUGCAAAACUCCACGACCAACUUGUCGAAAUGGGAUGUGUUGAGAUCAGAUGUGAUGAUUGA